AUGCUCAAACUACCGCCCUAUCUCUCGCUAGUAUGUGUUCUAGUCGGAAUUCUCUGGCUCGUUUUGCUACCUCUUGACAAUUACUCGCGACGCACCUAUAUUUCCGAGAAUGCCCUGCUGCCUGGCCAGGUGCACACAUAUUUUGGGGGCAGCGAGCAAAACAUUUUCAGAGCCUAUAGAAAGGAACUCGACAGCUUGGCUGGAAAGAGCAAUCACGAGAUCAACAACCACCUCGAGCUAGUCCUUGGUGCCGCCGGUAUCAAGGUUGGAAGACAGAACUACACCUACUUUUCUGCCGGGGAACGGUACGGUGGUGAGAACAUUUACGGAAUAUUGCAAGCUCCCAGGGGAGAUGCUACCGAGGCGAUAGUUCUGGUGGCUGGGUGGACUGGCGUCAAUGGCUUGUUCAAUGCCAACGGUGUUGCUCUGGCCCUCACGCUCGCCAGGUACUUCAAACGUUGGUCGCUUUGGUCAAAAGACAUAAUAAUACUUCUGCCACCUGAUAGUCGAGCUGGAACUCAAGCCUGGGUAGAUGCCUAUCAUGAUAGCCACAAACCCAGCAGUGUUGCAUCGUUGCCGUUGAAAUCUGGAGCUCUGCAAGGCGCAAUCGCUAUCGACUAUACCCUCAAUCAGCGAUUUGAAGGGGUACACAUCAUCUACGAUGGGACUAACGGGCAAUUGCCCAACCUUGACCUCAUCAACUCCGUCGUUAACAUUGCGGGAGGGCAAAUGGGAAUGCACACAGCCAUACAAGGUAUGCAGCAUCACGAUGACUCUUACCGAGAUCGCCUCACGACCAUGUUGCGGGGAAUGUUGAAGCAAGGACUGGGCAUCUGUGCUGGUCCCCAUAGCAGCUUCAUCCCGUAUCACGUUGAUGCUGUGACGCUGCAACCGUAUGGCGAAGGGUGGCAUGACGAAAUGGCCAUGGGACGUGUUAUAGAGGGUACAUUCCGAAGCUUGAACAAUUUGCUGGAGCACCUUCAUCAGAGUUUUUUCUUCUACCUGCUAAUGCAAAGAGACCGGUUUGUUAGUAUUGGCACAUAUCUCCCAAGCGCCAUGCUCCUGGCCGCCAAUUUUACGAUUAUGGCUAUUUUCCUCUGGGUAAAGAGCGGGCAGCCGGCCAAAGCAGUCCAAAUUGGAAGUGCAGCAUCCCCUGAGCAAUUUAAAGAGGAAGAAUCAAAACGGAACCAGCCUCCAAGAGUACAGCAAAGUAUCACUCCUAGUGAGCGUGAUCUUUCUAUUCCCCUGGGAAUUGUGGCAGGCUGCCAUGCUGCAUCUAUUGUGCCUCUUUUCGUCUUCAAUACUGUGUCUGCAAAGGUUCUUCCGACAUCGUUCGCCAUCUUCACUUGCUUCUCUGCUUUGCUUCCGUCGAUUAUAUCAUAUUUCCUCCCUGCUUCUUUCAAGCAUGGAGCUCAACUCUUUUUGCUGACCAAAUCACUGUCCUUGCUCGUUCUUGGAAUGGCAUUGGCGACAUUGGCUACUCUGAACUUCUCAUUGGCAUUUCUAGUCGGUGUUAUUGCCAGUCCAUUGACAUUUAUACAGCCUUGCAAGACCAUCCUUUCCAAAUAUUGUGUUGCUGGACUGCUCAGUACGGUAGCGCCACCUGUGGUGGUUUCCUCAGCAGCCUACGUCGCUGGGUUGACUGUGGCGGAAUUCUUGCAGGAAGCUAGUUUUGGUUGGAACGUGUGGGCUAUGUAUACGCCUAUCGUGAUUUGGUGCAUCUGGUGGCCGGCCUGGCUAGUUGCCAUGAUAAAUCUUUUGGGCGCAACUUCAGUCUAA